CAGUUUUGACAACUUUGGUUUUUUCGUUUCACAAAUCUUUGUCUGACCUUACUAGAUUUUCCGUCAAAUUACUACUCAAAUUGUAGACGAAAAUGAGCUCAAGUUGUAAUAUUGAGAAAAUGGAAACCGAUCCUGAAAUUCAAAUUAAUUUAGGAAGCUUGAAUGCAUCAAACUCUUCAAAUGUAAUGGCUGCAGCUGGAACAAUAGCAUCAGUUACGGUAUCGCUCCACCCUCUCGUUGUAAUGAAUAUAUCAGAGCAUUGGACAAGGAUUAGAGCUCAGGCUGGCGUUCAACAGCCACAUUUAGUUCAACAACAAGUUUUUGGAGCGUUAAUUGGAAAACAAAAAGGAAGAGCUAUAGAAGUUAUGAAUUCAUUUGAGCUAAAAGUUGACCUUUAUGGUGAAGAAAUUAUAAUAAACCGGGAUUAUUACAAAACUAGAGAAAGUCAAUAUAAACAAGUCUUUAGUGAGCUGGAUUUUUUGGGUUGGUACACAACUGGUGAUGAAGUCACAAUAAAGGAUAUUAAUGUUCACAAACAAAUAUGUGAAAUUAAUGAAUGUCCAAUUAUGUUGCAACUGGAUCCGAUGUGUCAUGGUGUUGACCAAUUACAAAUUAAAUUAUAUGAGUCAGUUAUUGAUAUCGUUCAAGGUGAGGCAACAAUGCUCUUUGUACCAUUAGUAUACACACUAGCUACAGAAGAAGCUGAAAGGAUAGGUGUUGAUCAUGUCGCAAGAAUGUCUAAUAGUGAAUCUGGUGAAAAGUCUGUCGUGGCAGAGCAUUUGAUUGCACAACAUAGUGCUAUAAAAAUGUUGCACUCACGAAUUAAAAUGGUUUUAAAAUAUGUUAGGGCCAUAGAAGAUGGCGAAUUGCCAGUUAAUCACAAUAUCUUAAGAGAUAUAUAUGCCCUUAGUAGAAGACUUCCAGUUGUACAAGGCUCAUCUUUUAACGAAGAAUUUUAUACGCAAUCAAACGAUGUUGGUUUGAUUACUUACUUAGGAGCUCUUACCAAGGGUUGCAACGAUGUAAAUCACUUUGUCAAUAAAUUUAACGUUUUAUAUGAUCGCCAAAGCAUGGGAAGAAGAAUGAGGGGUCUAUUAUUUUAGUGCAUAUAUCAAUCUUGUUUCCUUAAAUCUUUUUUAUUUGUGUAUAUGAAUUUUCUAUGAUUAUAAUAGAUUAAUAAUUUACAUUACUUUAGAAACUCUAAAAUUUUUUUUAAAUUCAAACUUAGAAAAUGUGCGGCUAUAAAAAAACAAUAUAUAUAAUAUAAGUGUCAUUUAAUUACCUUUAUUAACAUACAUAAUAUAACUUGGUUUUAAUUCAUUUAUAUUGAUUACAACCAGCUCGCUAAAAAUUCCAUUUAUUCGUUUGUUUUCAAUUGAACAAAAAUGUAUACAUUAUAUCAGUGAAAUAAACAAAAUUAUUAUACAA